AGAAGAAAAAGGUCAACAUUCCAAGAUGGCAGCGCGCUGUGUGCUUGGGUACAUAUGGACCUCUCUUUCUGGGUUUAAAUGUGUGGCCAGCAGCAGCAAUAUGAGUGCCUUUCAGAGGAAAACAAGAUGCCCACAGCUCUCGGUUUUUGGAAAUAUUCAAAGCAGAGGAAUUCGACACAUGGUGGAAAAGAAAGAAGGCAAAACAACAAUAAUUGAGGGAACAACUGAGGAUACCCCAAGCAGACUACAGCCACCCAACGCCACAGCCCAGUGCCCCAUCUAUCGAUGGAACCUGCAGAACAAAUACAACUACACAGAUGUCCUGUUGCUCAGUCAGUUCAUCAGGUCUGAUGGAGGAAUGCUGCCUCGUAGAGUCACUGGUCUCUGUGCCCAGGAGAACCGCAAGAUCGCCAUCUGUGUGCAGAUGGCUCACAGAGCAGGUCUGCUCCCAGAUCACAAACCAACACUACCAGAGGGUCACAUCACAAAGAAGCCCAAGCCACAGCUCAACAGAUAUCUGACUCGCUGGUCCAUUGAUUCAGUGAAGCCCAUCUAUAGGACGGGGCUGAAGUGGUGUAAAAACCGCAUCUCAGUCGGCCACCCAGCUCUCAGAAACAACGUACAGUACGGCAAGAAAAUCCUCUACCUGAAACAUUGAUGACCUGAGGGCAUGUCAACUCACAGCAGCAGAAGUCAGUGUGGGCGGGACAGAGAUGGGGUACAACAGUUCUAUUGGACGUCUUUCCUUGUAGUACUCCUGGCCCAUUUGGAGCUCCAUUGACUUUGAGAACUAGCCAUUGGAAAAGCUGGGGGAGCAUCUGUAUUUGUCCAGCCUAUUUAUCUAUUGGUGGACAUUGCCCAUUGGAAACCCAUUCUGUCAUUUGACCUUUUUGAAGAUGCCCUGAAACAAAACUAUUAAAGUCCACAUUUAGGGGCUCUAUUAAUCCGCAUCGCGGCAGUUCAGCUCUACAGCGUGAUUGACAUUUUAAAGGCAAUGUUCCAGCUUUACCAGAGACUGCAUUCACGGUAACCGCUGCAUAUGUCAGCUCAAUCGGGCAUUACCUUUACAUUUCUAUUGCGGAAUCUGUAACGCUUCAGCAAUACAGAUUGAAUAGAGCCUUUGCUGUAAGAUCAAUUGGGUCAGUAUUGCACUGUUUUGAUGUAGGUGGGAUGUUGUACUUCAAGACAACCCAGAUGUGCAAAUAAAACGGAUCUGCUUUUUCUCCCUCCACCAUGUGUGUUUGCAUGAGUGUGGAAGUAAGCAUUUACUGGGUCUAUUGACAGAAAUGAACCAAGUCCAUGUGGAGGUAAAUCACAAAUAAUUAAUGAUUUUAGUUUGUUUAUUUACUUUAAAUAACAGUAAAGAAACAUCUCUUGCAUAAAUAGAACUGUUUUGGGUGGGGAUAAAACACUGCUUGCUCAGAUGAGAGGUUUAUGAUGAUUCUCAGUUUAGAUAAGUGGUAGGUGUUGGCUCCAGCUCUGGAUCUCACUGGCUCUUUAAAGCAUGAAGGGCAGGUCCAGGUUCUUCAGUCCGUCGCCCAUGUAGAUGUAUCCGUGCUGGGGGGUCAUGGGUACGUGGAACGCGGUCAGGCCCAGCCACAGCAUGCUACGGAUCACACACACUGUGCUGCCACGUUCAAACUGCAAGCUCCACGACCCUAUACACACAAGUAUAUGGGUUAUGAAGAUUAUCACACAAACUGCUGCUCGUCCAUGACCUUUCAUAAACAGAGACCAUGUACAGAUCUCACAUUACUCCCUCAUUCAUUGAAUCCACUCUUCCCUAUGUAAAGAAGUCUACACAGCAAAAAGGUAACAGUUGGCUGAUAGCUCAAUAAUUUAGAAGGGUUUAUUAAGUCCUUUCCCUGACUCUAAAUAUCAGGGUGGCCUGGCGGAGCAGCUGUCUGCUCAUGGCCAUCACCCAUAGCCAGAGAACACUGUUCAUGCUGAAUGGGAGCCUAGCAGAAUUCUCUCACCGCAGAUUCACUGCACCAUUAAUCAGGAGGCUCCAGGACUUCUUGGAAAUAAUUAAUUAAUCUGUAACCUCCCAAUUAUCAAAGCAUUAAACAUGAAAUGAAACCUUGUGCCAGAGCUAUCUAGGAACAGCGAUUCCAGUAAAUUGUGUCAGUUUUUUCGAUACUGUUUUUCUCUCAUAUUUCAGUUUCACAAUGCUAUGGGGUGGGGAAUUAAUUGAAACCUUUUGCAAGAGAUAUCUAGAAACAGAGAUUCCAGAAAUAGGGUCUAUUGGGAGGUGUUUGACAAUGCUCUUUGUCUAUGGGGAGAGAUUCAUCUUCCAUGACCCAAAGACACUCCUGCCAGGUUGAUGUGAUUUGAGAAGCUGUUCAGUGAUGGUGUCCAGAUAAGUGUACUUUCCACUGAAACACGCUGGCGGUUUAAAACUCACACGUGGCAUAGGGAGGAACCCAAUGGGAGAACAGGCAUGGAAGGGGUAUUGGCAUAAAUCAGAAGUCGAUAACAGCAACUGUUGCCACAUACUUCCAGGCAAGUCUGGAGGAUCGCUGUGGUGAGCGGGGUAGCUUCACUCAGAGAUACCAGAGGAAAGCACUUUCGGUGGAGAUCCAUCAUUUUGUCCUUAAACUGUCUUUAGUCUGGGUCUCUCGCUCCCUUCAGCAAAGGCUUGAGGCCUGGCCCUUAAGUUCUCAGUGAGGAUGAUGCUGUCACUGGGACAGCUGUGUAAUGUAAGCUGGUUUGGGAAAGUUUCACGCGCAGGCACACAUUCACACACCGCAGAGAUGCUCAUCCCUUUGAAAUGAACAGCUGUGAUGUUUUAGAGAUACUGCUGUGUGAGCCUCUCACUUUUCCACAGCACCCACACCACAAACAAAUUGUGAUACAUGUCUGUCUAGACAAACUACAGUUUGAUAUCAUCCAGAUAUAAACUGACAGACUGACCAGGGGAAAUCUAUGAUCCGUUAUUGUUGUCACUUGUAAAAAUCCACUUAAAUCGGUGUAGAUGAAGUGGAGGAAAUGGGUAAAAAAAAAAAUUUAAGACACUUUUGCACACUCUUGGCGUUCUCUCAACCAGCUUCAUGAGGAAUGAUUUUCCAACAGUCUUGAAGGAGUUCCCAUAUGCUGAGCACUUGUUGGCUGCUUUUCAUUCACUCUGCGGUCCAACUCAUCCCAAACCAUCUCAAUUGGGUUGAGGUCGGGUGAUCUGAUGCAGCACCAUCACUCUCCUUCUUGGUCAAAUAGCCCUUACACAGCCUGGAGGUGUGUUUGGGGUCAUUGUCAUAUUGAAAAACAAAUGAUAGUCCCACUAAGCGCAAACCAGAUGGGAUGGUGUAUUGCUGCAGAAUGCUGUGGUAGCCUUGCUGAUUAAGUGUGCCAUACUCUUGUGUCUCACAAAGAUGCGUCGGUUGGAACCAAAAAUCUCAAAUUUGGACUUAUCAGACCAAAGGACCGAUUUCCACCGAUCUAAUGUUUCUUCUUCUUAUUGGUGUCCUUUAGUGGUGGUUUCGUUGCAGCAAUUAUACCAUGAAGGCCUGAUUCACGCAGUCUCCUCUGAACAGUUGAUGUUGAGAUGUGUCUGUUACUUGAACUCUGAAGCAUUCAUUUGGGCUGCGAUCUGUGGUGCAGUUAACUAGUGAACUUAUCCUCUGCAGCAGAGGUAACUCUGUCUUCCUUUCCUGUGGCGGUCCUCAUGAGAGCCAGUUUCAUCAUAGCUCAUAGCUCUCAUGGUUUUUGCGACUGCACUUGAAGAAACUUUCAAAGUUCUUGAAAUUAUCCAGAUUGACUGACCUUCAUGUCUUCAAGUAAUGAUGGACUGUCGUUUCUCUUUGCUUAUUUGAGCUGUUCUUGACAUAAUAUGGACUUGGAUCUUUUGCCAAAUAGGGCUGUCUUCUGUAUACCACAACACAACUUAUUGGCUCAAAUGCAUUCAUAAAGAAAGAAAUUUAAUAAGGCACACCUGUUAAUUGAAAUGCAUUCCAGGCAACUACCUCAUGAAGCUGGUUGAGAGAAUGCCAAGAGUGUGUAAAGCUGUCAUCAAGGCAAAGGGUGGCUAUUUGAAGAAUCUCAAAUAUAAAAUAUAUUUUGAUUUGUUUAACAGUUUUUUGCUUACUACAUGAUUCCAUAUGUGUUAUUUCAUAGUUUUGAUGUCUUCACUAUUAUUCUACAAUGUAUAAAAUAGUAAAACUAAAGAAAAACCCUUGAAUGAGUAGAUGUGUCCAAACUUUUUUGACUGGUACUGUAUGCAUACAUACUUUGGAUGGUGCCCCUCUUAUAAAUACAGUGCUGUGAAAAAGUAUUUGCGCCCUUUCUACUUUUGCAUAUUUUUGAUACUGAAUGUUAUCAGAUCUUGAAACCAAAACCUAAUAUUAGAUAAAGGGAACCUGAGUGAACAAAUACCCAAAUACCCAUCGGGGAUGGCUUACCCUGGAUUUCCCUUCAAUCUCCACAAGUUAGGUAAAUCUGCAUUCAUUUUUUUGGCACCUAUAAUGUGAAAUUAUCUCCAGAAGUCCUUUAAAGUUGUUGGAUUUGGUGCCUCUAAGGCAAUUCAGAUGGAUGUUAGAGUGCCUUUUUACUGAAGAAUGUAUUUGUUUCAUAUGAUUGUGUUUUUCUUUUCGUAUUUUGUGUUUGCUUUCUUAUGUAUGGUGUAAUUGAUGUGUAUAUAGAUAUGUAUAGUGUAAUUGUUUUUUA